UGAAAUUGAAUAAUUCGUCCAUUAUCAAAGACACAUGUCACUGAAAACAUCGCAUCGCGAUGAAAACGAGGAGCAGCGUCUCAGUGCCUCCUCCGUCCGACCUUGUUCAAUAUUGAUUUUGCCUGAAAGCCAAAUAUGAAGGGCUGAAAAAAGGAGUGAGUUCUUCUGUUUUCAGUGUUAUUUCUCCCUUUUAAUACUCCUCACAACAGCUUAACCCACCCAUUUUCAAUUUCGAAUUGUUCUAUUGUUGAGUUUUUGUUGUAAUGGAUAUUGUUGGUUUCCAUCGUGAUACAUAAUAUUAAUUGUGAUAAAGAUGUUACACAGAACAAUAACAGCGAACAAUCAUCUGACGAAAACAAAGAAAAUGUUCAGUUAAAUUCCAGUUGUGUCUUAUCACCGAACGAAAACAAAACUCUGCCAUUUGUCGAACCACUCGAUUUAAAUAGUGAGCGAAAUAGUAACGACGUUUCGCUAGAAGAGAAAAAACGAGCUUUAAUCGAUAAACUUGUUAGUUCUGAGAAUCCAUUCACAAAUAGAUCGAAUGACAGCGUCCGAUGUGCGAUGUUGCGUUACGGCGAAUACAGCCCGAACAAUCCGCAACUAAGGGUCGCCGCCGCUCCAUACCUUGGCUUGGGGGAGUAUGAACAGAGAAGAAACUACUAUUUGCAGAAACAGCGAGCCGACUAUUUGAGGCAUCUUGCUAAGCAAAACGAAAAUAUCCGAAUUAUUUCAAGGCAAGUUUUAACUGAUCGAAACGAUAAGCCGCAGAUUCCUUGCGAAAAUUCAUACUUGUUGAAGAAAACUGAACCAGCACUCGUUGAUUGCAAGAAAUCAAAACUUUUUGAGAAAAGUGUUCAGACUGAUAUACAAAAUAUUAAAAGUAAAUUAAUUCACUAUGAGCUACGAUCUGAAAAUACCCCAGAAAAGGAGUUGAGCCCACACGGAGCGGCAGAUGAUAAUUAUUAUAUGCAAAACAAUCGGAAUAAACUUUUUAGAGUAGAUCAAAGAUUAACUAGUGCUCAAAAUGCCUUAUUGAAAACAGAAAUGGACAAACCAAAGAGCAUUUUAUCCAAUAGAAGGACCGGUAGUCCACGAGAAAGACUAAGAACCGAUCUUUACCCCAACUCGUUCAUGGACGGCUUCAGCUACCAAGAAUCACGAGAAGAGGAACUAGAAAGAGAACGGCUGAAAAGGGAUGCCUACCAGUACGAGCUGAGGUUGCAGAUAGAAGAGAAACGUCGACUGCAACAGAUGAGAGACGAACAAGAGAGAAGAGAACAAGAGCUGGAGAAUAAGCGACUAGAGCAGCAAUUGCUGAGGAUGCAGGAGGAGCGGGCCAUAGAUGAACAGAGACGAAAUUGUAGGGAUGAGCAGAUGAGGAGACACAGUGAAGAGUUCUUGAAACGCAAACGAGAGAUUCAUUCCAGACAUGGUUACCGAAAACACACUGAUUCUGAGAGUAGCGUAACAAGUUGUCUUCGUAGUAACCCUACGGAUCUGACAUCUAAAUCUCUCUCACAUUACUCUCCUCCUGUUUCUAGACGUAACCCUUAUUCUCUGAACGUCCCAUCCACAUCUGUGUUCUCUGAACCACCAAGUUCCAGGUUCAACUCUAGUCGGUUUGACUCCUACAACAGGAGAGAUACCUUAAAACGCAUAGAUUCACUGAAUUCCUAUGAUAUCCCCAGCAGACAUCAAACAUUUACUCGUUUUGAUUCUUUGAGCAAAAUCGAUUCUUUGAGUCAGCAGAUGGAAUCAGUAAAUUUCAAGGACAAUAAGAUGAAUGAGGGGCAGCGUAGACACAGCGCCACCCACCAGGACCUUAGCAUGCUAAGGAAGAGUCCUCGGUUACAGAGAAGAAGUAGUUCUAGUAGAUUUGACGAUUCCCUACCGAUUCCUGUUUUGAAAGCACACUCUCCCGUUGCCAGGGAGUUGAAAAACUCCAUUCCAUUUAGUAGUUCUAGGCAUAAUUCAGAUUCAGUUAGAAGGUUGGAGGAUAGGUGGCAGAUUCCCGCAGUUCAAAAAACACUAGUGAAUCACACAGAUUCUUCAAAGGAUAGCCAAAACCGAAGUAUUUUAACCCAGCUUGGUGCAAUUCGAAUGCAGCUUCAGCAAGAACAGUUGAGAAUGGAUGAAACAUUAAGAAAACGAGAUAUUACACAAUCUAAGGCUGUUGAUUUUCAUUGAAAAUAUUAAAUAACACAUCGAGUUAAUUAAAAUUGAUAAUAGGUAUUUUAUAUAUUGUUAGAAUUUGUCUUUAUAUUUAUAUUCAUUGAAUAGAUAGAUACGUUGAAA